UUUCCAGUUUCUAAGAAAUGGUUUGAAUAUGCAGAUGAGAACAUGACUUAAAGCGGGGUGAACGGACCGUUCAUUCAGACAUCUUCUGAAACAUCAGGAUCAUCAGGUCUACAGUGAAGUCAACAUGAAGACUCUCAGCCUGACAGUGGGACUGCUGCUCGUGCUGUUCACCGUUUACCACAGCGAUGCCUCUAAGGCAGUGAUUUCACCUGACCUUUGCUGUUUUCACUUCUUUGACAAACGGAUCCCAAAGGCGCACAUCGUCUCCAUCAUGAAAACUCACAGACAAUGCUCCACACCAGCAUUUGUGAUCAAGACACCCAGAAGGCUUUUGUGUGUGAAACAGACUGCAGAGUGGGCAAAGGAACAAUUUGUCAAACAAGAGAGAGGAACAACUGAACCAAUGCCACAGUCAACAGCUCAAACAUCUUUCAUGACUCCGAUGAAUGCUACAAGCCGAAAUGCAUCAGUCACUCCAUGAAGUUGCUUCAUAAACUUUUUAUUUUUUGCAUCAUCACAAUAUCAGUCUAAUAAUUUGUGGAUUAUGUUAAACCUCGGAUAAAUAAAUUUCAGUAUUUAGUAUAUGAACAAAACUAUUGGGGCACAUCUGAAUCUUUGAAUUCAGGUCUUUUCAGUCUUUUUGCCACAGGUGUAUAAUAUCCACCAAAAUGCGAUGCAGUCUGUACAAACACUUGUGAACGACUGAGUUGUGUCAUGUUGACCCAUCUUGAUGUGACAAUAUCUCAAAGAGCUUCAUCUGAUGAGGAAAGUUUAUAAUGCAACAAUAUGCAAAAAACAUGUAUUCAAUCAUUUGCUUUCACUAUGCAAUUUAAACUCUGUAUUGUUUUGCUUCAUUCUGCAUUAAAGUUUCAUUUCACAAAA